AGUUCUCUAUUGUGAAGCACUGAUGCAGCGUCAUCCUUAAGGGGUGGAGCCCACUCCCCCUCAACCAACUCCCUGCCCCCCCCCCCCCAACCCUGCCAAUCCUCCUGCCUGAUGCAUCCAAUGGCGUAAAAGAGAAUCCAUCCGGUAACCAUGGCAACUUGCACCGGUUCAGGUUGCAUGUCGUCGUGGUGAGAGAAGGAAGAAAGGGAGUGCAGAGAGAGAGAGACGGAAAAGAGAAGAGAGUGCGUGAAGAAGAGGAGGAGAGAUAAAAGAAAAAAGAGAUACCACUGGAUAAUUUCACCUCGCGGUCAUUGCAGAUCCUUCCUUCAUGAGGAUGAGUGAAGCCGGGAGCUAAUCACAACCCCCCCUCGCGCUCAGACUCACUGAGUGACCCCUCCUUCCUGUCCCACGAUCCCUGGCGGGCCGUCGGGGGUGUGUGUGUGGGAGGGGGGAUCGCCAUGGCGGACCGUGGAGGGGGGCCAGGUGUGGGGGUAGGCGGGGUUGGUGGUGGCGUGCAGGUGAACCUCUCCCAUGUGCUGUUUGACCGCUUCGUCCAGGCCAGCACCUGCAAAGGCACGCUGAAGGCCUUCCAGGAGCUGUGUGACCAUGUGCAGCUCAAGCCUACUGAAUCGCGCAUCUUCUACCACAAGCUCAAGUCCAAGCUCAACUACUGGAAGGCCAAAGCUCUGUGGGCCAAGCUGGACAAGAGGGCCUCGCAGAAGGACUACAAGAAGGGGCGUGCCUGCGCCAACUCCAGGUGUGUGAUCAUUGGUGCGGGUCCCUGUGGGCUGCGGACGGCCAUUGAGCUGGCCUUCCUGGGAGCCAAAGUGGUACUGCUGGAGAAGAGGGACGCCUUCUCCCGCAACAACGUGCUGCAUCUCUGGCCCUACACCAUCCAGGACCUCAGGGGACUCGGCGCCAAGAAGUUCUACGGGAAAUUCUGUGCCGGCUCCAUCGACCAUAUCAGUAUUCGUCAGCUGCAGCUGAUGCUGUUGAAGGUGGCUCUGCUGCUGGGAAUUGAGAUCCAUGUGAAUGUGGAGUUUAAGGGCCUCAUCGAGCCACCGGAGGACCAGGAGAAUGAGAGGAUAGGCUGGAGGGCAGAGGUGCACCCCAGGACUCAUCCGGUGAAUGAGCUGGAGUUUGACGUUAUCAUCGGAGCUGAUGGGAGAAGAAACACUCUCGCAGGCUUCCGCAGGAAGGAGUUCCGGGGGAAGCUGGCCAUCGCCAUCACGGCCAACUUCAUCAACCGGAACACCACGGCUGAGGCCAGUGUGGAGGAGAUCAGUGGUGUGGCCUUCAUAUUUAAUCAGAAGUUCUUCCAGGAUCUACGGGAGGCCACAGGGAUUGACCUGGAGAAUAUCGUCUACUAUAAGGACGACACGCACUACUUCGUCAUGACUGCCAAGAAGCAGAGUCUGCUGGAGAAAGGAGUGAUCCUGCACGACUACGCAGACACGGAGAUGCUGCUGUCGCGGGCCAACGUGGACCAGGCGGCGCUACUGUCGUACGCUCGCGAGGCGGCCGACUUCUCCACCAACCAACGGCUGCCCGCGCUGGACUUCGCCAUCAACCACUAUGGCCAGCCGGACGUGGCCAUGUUCGACUUCACCUGCAUGUACGCCUCGGAGAACGCCGCACUGGUGCGCCAGCGCCACGGACACCAGCUGCUAGUGGCCUUGGUCGGGGACAGUCUGCUGGAGCCCUUCUGGCCCAUGGGCACUGGUAUUGCCCGAGGGUUCCUGGCCGCCAUGGACUCAGCCUGGAUGGUGCGCAGCUGGGCACAGGGCAAGACCCCCCUGGAGGUGCUUGCCGAGAGGGAGAGUAUCUAUCGCCUCCUGCCUCAGACCACGCCUGAGAAUGUGAGCAAGAACUUCAGCCAGUACAGUGUUGACCCUACCACCCGCUACCCCAACAUCAGCCUCCACCUGAUGCGACCCAACCAGGUGCGGCACCUCAUCGACACCGGCGAAUCCAAGGAGACGCUCCGCAUCGACAUGGAGAAUGUGGUCAACGCCUCCACGCCCAAACUGAGUCGUAACGAGCUGAGGCUGUUUGAGCAGCAGUUGCAAGAGUCAGUGGCGCGCUCCAGCAAGCUGCUCAACUGGUGCCAACGGCAGACAGAGGGCUACCGUGCCGUCGCCGUAACUGACCUCACCACCUCCUGGAAGAGUGGCAUGGCCCUCUGCGCUCUCAUCCACCGCUACCGACCAGACCUCAUUGACUUUGACUCUCUGGAUGAGCGGGACGUAGCCAAGAACAACCAGUUGGCGUUCGACGUGGCAGAGCGAGAGUUUGGCAUCUCACCCAUCAUGACGGGGAAGGAGAUGUCCGUGGUGGCCGAGCCCGACAAGCUCUCCAUGGUCAUGUACCUCAGCCAGUUCUACGAGAUGUUCAAAGACACUCUGCCACCUAGUGACAACCAUAGCCCUGAGGAGAGGGCGACUGCCAUCUCAAACACCCAGAAGUCUCAUCCCAUCUCCUUCCUCAAGCUCCACCUGGGCUUCAACUCCAGGAAACGCACCCCCAAGGACAAAAAGGAUGAAGACAGUUUGAGCAAGAAGCUAAAGACUGGUCAGUCUGAAGAGGAUGAUCUUCAGCGAGGUUACCAUGAUGACCGUUCGUCCGCCUCCACGGCACCCUCGGAACGGAAGGUGGACGCUGCGUCAGCGGCGGCGAAUUACAACAAAAUCAAGUCCAUCCAGACACAACUGCAGGCCAAGUUUGUGGACACAGCCUCCAAUCCAGCGCCCCCUAGUGGACUCAGGAGACAGCAAAGAGAAGAGGAAGAGUCAAUGGAGCUGGACACUGAGGAGGAACAGUGUUUCCCUCCUCUCUCACUCAGGGAGGCAGAUGAUGCCAUGGAGCUGUAUGACCAGCAGAAGGCGCUGCAUGUCCUCAGCAUCCAGGAGAGGACCGACAUGCUGGCCUCCCACUUCAGCGACGGGCCCCAGCCCCAAAGCCCCCCCAAGCCGAUGAAAAAGCCUUCACGCUUCUUUAUCGAGCAGUGGCUACGGACCCAUGCCUUUGGGGAGGAAGACCCUCCACCCUGCCCCCAAACCCCUCCUCAGGUGUCCCAUCCUUCUCACCUGAGCAAGGAGAGGGAGGUGCUGCGGUCCGACGACCAGCUCCCCCUCCACAUCCCCAGCAUCCAGGAGAGAGCCGAACGAUUGGCCGCUCGCUUCAAAGACACACCCCCCAAGCCAAAGACGAGGAAGGUGUCUCGGUUGUUUACUGAGCAGUGGUACCGGUCACGUGAGCAGAGAACAGACAAGCCUCAUCCUUCGCCCUCCUCUCGUAGCCAGCGCUAUGUUAAGAUGUACACAGGGGGGUCGAGCUCUUUGGCUGAGCAGAUAGCCAAUCCAGAUGACCCAGACUUCCUUGUUGAAAGGAGGGAUUUGGGUUCCUUGAGGAAGGAGUUCCCUCAGAACAUCGGCGGCAGUGACGUGUGUUACUUCUGCCAGCGGCGAGUGUAUGUGAUGGAGCGCCUGAGCGCUGAGGGCAAGUUCUUCCACCGUAGCUGCUUCUCCUGUGACUACUGUGGCACCACCCUCCGCCUCUCCUCCUACGCAUUCGAUGUGGAGAAAGGGAAGUUUUACUGCAAACCGCAUUACUGCUACCGCGCGUCCGGCCAAGGCCAGAAGAAGAGACCUGCUCCUGCUUCAGUCUCCACCAAGGAGGCCCAGGCCACGGACCCGGUCACAGUGGAUUCAAGCGGCCGCCCACCAUCUGCGUUGGCCCCCGCGGAGCGGCGUCCCUCAGUGCCGGAGAUGAACGGGGUCGGGGAGCCCAGCAUGGCCAAGCGUCUGAGGGGCACCCCGGAGCGCAUCGAGCUGGAGAACUACCGGCUGUCGCUGCAGCGCGAGGAGGAGCUCGAGGAGGUCCCCGAGGAGACACUGGCCGAGCACAACCUCAGCAGCGUGCUGGACAAGGCCACAGACGUGGAGGAGGGAUCCAGCAGCUCCGAGUCGGACAUGGAGGAUGAAGACGAGGAGGAGGAAGAGCGUCAGCCGGGGCCGUCUGACCUGGGCGGGGUCCCCUGGAAGGAGGCCGUGGAGAUCCAUGCCAAGCUGAAGGGCGACAGCGACGCCGAGGCCGAGGGUACGCGGAACGGCCUGGGGCCCCGAAUCCACGUCCAGGAGGACGGAGAGAUGGAGGACGACAUGGAGGGAGGGGAGGAGGAGGACGAGGAGGAGGAGGAGGAGGAGGAGGAUGACGAAGAUGACGAGUCCAGCGACGAGGGGGAGUAUUGCCCCUGGGAGAGAGAGCUGCAGUCAGGCCUGUGGCUGGAGUCAUUGGCUGAUGAAGAGGAUAUUUGUACCUUCAAAGCUAGGAACCUGCGCCUCCAGCAAGCGCUGCAGCCGGUGGACCCUCUGGCUGUCCCCCAGGAGCUGUGCCGGACGCCCACCCCCUUAGAGGGUGGUCAGGAGGGGCCUUCUACUUCCUCCCUACCUUCCCAGCCCACAGCCCCCUCCCAUACGUCUGCGCGUCAUGAGGCAGUGAGAGCGUGGUUGGACUCUCUGUCAGGAGAGACUUGUGGGGAGGAGGAGGACCCAGAGGCGGAGGCAGGGAGCCUCAACAUUGAGCCAGGGACGGAGCGCGAUUAUGAUGACAUCCCAUCAGACGCAGAGGCCGAGGCUCGUCUGCAUCAGACGCCUGACCAGGAGGAGAUGCCUGAGGAGCCUGGCCGACCAGAGAGCCUGGGAAGAGUCUCCAGCCUAGGUCAAACAUCGGAGAGUCCGAAGCAGCUGGUUGUUGAUGUUGUGCUCUCACCAAUACCAAAAGCCCCUCAGCCGGAGUUAGGGGAGGCGCACGGUAAGUCCCCACCGGUGCCGGUGUUUGUGAUGUCGCCUGGCGCGCGCUUCUUCCCAGAGGUCUUUCGUACAGACGCCGCCGAACUGCCCACCCCAUCGCAGUCUCCGCAGCUCCAGCCACAGAGUCCGGUCUUCUCCGCGCUCUUUGCACCGGUCACCUCACCUGCUGCAGUCACUACGCCCGUUGAAGCCUCACCUACAGACUCUGUCUCACCUGUGGUUGCGUAUCUCGCUACCGUCUCGCCUGAAGUUAUCUCGCCUGGUCCAGUCUCACCUGUGGUUGCGUAUCUCGCUACCGUCUCGCCUGAAGUUAUCUCGCCUGGUCCGGUCUCACCUGUGGUCGUCUCGCCUGCGGUAGCUUCACCUGCUGCCAUCUCACCUGCGCCACUUCCCGCCUCGGCCACCUCCCCCACCUCUCCCAUCCGCUCUCAGCCACUCCCUCUCCCCGAAACUCCCUCCCCCAAACCCCCCACCACCCAACCCCAGUCCUGUGCUUGCACUCCAUCAGCCAAUCCCCUGUCUCCCAUCUGCGCCCAGACUCUUCCCUGUCAGGACCCUUCCUCUCCCCUCUCCUCCUCCUCUCCGGUCCGCACCCAGCCCUUCCCCGCCGCCACCUCCACCCCGGCGUCCAAACCCACUCCGCAGGCGGCCUCGACCACUCCUCUCACGCCCCCUAUAGGCGAGACGGACGACUCCAUGGAGGUCACACCGGCCAAGAAGGACAUCAUUGAGGAGUUCUGGCAGAAGAGCGCAGAGAUCCGAAAGAGCCUGGGCCUGACGCCUCUGAACCGCACUCGCUCUGUGGAGCAGAGGAGCAGCGUGCUGGUCACCAAUGAGACAACGCCAGCCCCCUCACCGGGCCUGGACACCACGUCCUUCUCUUCCUCCUCCGCGGUCUCCCCACCGACCCCCAAGCCCCGGACCCCCGAAGUGCCCCAGGCGCUGGAGGACCUGCGCCCCAGUUUCCCCAACGGCGGCGGUCGCUCGGUGAUCCGGCGGCUCAACAUCACCCUGGAGGGUCAGCUGAUCUCGCCGGCGGAGACCAAGAACAGCCGCUCUCCGUCGGAGCGCCGCGAGCCCAGCAGCAGCUCGGGGCUGGGCCUUAACGGCAGUGGCACGGCCACCAGCGACAGCGCCAGCGUCUCCUGCGCCUCCGACUCCACGCUGCUCACGCCGCCCUCUAGCCCGCCCCCUCCGCCGCCCCCCGACGAGGAGCCCGCCACGCUCAAGCACAAGGUGACGUGGGACGGCCUUCCACUGGGGGAGACGGACGCCACGGGCCUGGAGAAGACCCGCGGUCAGCUGGACGCCAGGACAAGCUCCCCUCCCCCUCCUCCUCCUCCUCCAGUGUCCUGCUCCACCCCCAGGGACCGGUCCAGUUCUGUCCCCACUGCCGCCGCCGCCGCCAACACCACCACCACGCCCAUUCCGGCCCCCAGGACCGGCCCAGUGGGCUCGUGCGUGGUCAUGCGGCGUGACGUCAAGCCCCGGCGCGAGCAGGCGCGCAAGUCUUUCGCCGAGAGCGUGGAGGAGAUCCCCUUCGCCGACGACGUGGAGGACACGUACGAUGACCGCACGCCCGAGACCAGCGCCAACGAGCGCUUCUUCACGCCGCCCACCAGCAAAAAGGACAGCAGCAGCAGCAGGCCGCCCCUCCACCUGGCACUGGCCAUGGAGAACGGCAAGCCCAACAUCCCCAGCAACCUGGCGGGCAGCAGACCGAGCCCGACGGUCAAGACCCCCACCCACAUCUCCCCCGAGGCCAAGGAGAUUGCCGAGGAGCGGAUGAGGGCUCGGGAGAAGUCCGUGAAGAGCCAGGUACUGAAAGAUGCCAUGGCCAAGCAGCUGAGCAAGAUGAAGGAGCCCGAGGCGGUAAAGGACGCCAUGACCAAACAGCUGACCAAGAUGAAGGAGUCGGACACUGUGAAGGGCGCCGUCGCCAAGGUGGCCUGGACCGUGUCAGAGACGACGGGCAAGCACAAGAAAAAGCGCUCCAGCUCGCCCAAGAUGACCGCUGUCGAGUCGCUCGAGUCCAAGAAGCAGGCGGAGACGCUCCCCGAGCGUUUCUUCACCACGCCUUCGGGCCGCAGCCAGGAAAGCUCCGUGGCGUCGUCCGAGAGCUCGGCGGGCAGCAAGAGCAAGAAGCGGUCGUCGCUCUUCUCACCCCGCAAGAACAAGAAGGAGAAGAAGUCCAAGGGCGAGGGCAGGGGCUCUGGGUCCGAGGACACGCCGCCCAAACACAAGUCCCUCUGGAAGGCCGUGUUCUCGGGGUACAAGAAGGACAAGAAGAAGAAGGAGGACAAGUCCUGUCCCAGCACGCCAUCGUCCAGCAGCACCACUACUGACUCGGGGAAGAAGAAGGGCCCCGCGCUGGAACGGUCAGCAGCGGACUUGAAGUUGCGGAAGAACUUGAGCUUCUCUGAAGACUCUGAUAUCUCAUGCGAUGAUAUUCUGGAACGUUCGUCCCAGAAGUCCAAAGCAGACCAUCACAUGGACAUAUUUGACCUUGUGUCUGACCUCAAAAAAGAUGCUAUGAAGGAGAAGGAGGAGAGAGAGAAGGAGAAAGAGAGGUUGAGGGAGAAUGAAAGAAUGAAGGACAGAAAGAGGGCAAAAGAAAGAGAAAAUGUGAGAGUUAAGCAGAAGGGAAGAGACAGGGAUAUCAUCCCAGAGCUGGAGAGAGGAAAUGAGGACGAGUCUGUUUAUGUUCCUCAUGCAUUGGCGUUCAAGAGAUCUUACGCCACCAAGAAGACAUACACAGAAGAGGAGCUGAACGCCAAACUUACGCGGCGUGUCCAGAAGGCCGCCCGGAGGCAGGCCAAACAGGAAGAGCUCAAGAGGCUCCACAGGGCCCAGAUCAUUCAGCGCCAGCUGGAGCAGGUUGAAGAGAAACAGCGACAGCUGGAAGAAAGGGGGGUUGCCGUGGAGAAGGCCUUACGAGGGGAAGCAGGAGUCUAUAAGAGCUCUAAUGUUUAUCCCAAACAGCAUAAGCGAAGAUCAGACUAUUGGGGCGAUUCUAAUUACAGUGAGAUCCUGGACUUGCAUCUGGGCGGAAUGGGCAAAAAGGACGAUCCCAAACUAAUGCAAGAGUGGUUCAAACUGGUGCAGGAGAAGAACGCUCUGGUGCGCUACGAGUCCGAACUCAUGAUCUUCGCUCGAGAGCUGGAGCUCGAGGAUCGCCAAAGUCGCCUGCAGCAGGAGCUCAGGGAGAGAAUGGCAGUGGAUGACCACAUGAAGGCGGAGGAGGAGCUGGCGGAGGAGAAGCGCAUCCUGAACGAGAUGCUGGAGGUGGUGGAGCAGCGGGACUCCCUGGUGGCCCUCCUGGAGGAGCAGAGGCUGCAGGAGAAAGAGGAGGACAAGGACCUGGAGUCCGUCAUGCUGUCCAAGGGCUUCAACCUCAACUGGGCCUGAGUGACGGCAACCUGCAUAUCUCUCACUUAGUUUUAUCUCUCUCUCUCGCUCUUUCUCUCACACACACACACACACACACACACACACUAUGUGGCAGCCACAUGACAGCGAAGGCCUGACUGCCAAAAAAAAAAACUUUCUAUGAGGACCAGGCCUUGGGUCCCCGGGUGUAUCAGAAAAUGAGUGUAGAGUGUGUCUCUGCAGGAGGCUUGCUCUUUCUCGCUCCGGGGCUGCUUUGGGAGUGGAGAGUUGACAAUGUUUACAAAGCCCUGGCUCCCUGGCCUGUGCUAAGCUGAGCUGAGCUGAGCAGGCCUGGACCCGAGCCUCCCCCAUCUGGCACUCUCCCUCGCUCAUGGGAACAGCUACCGGGAGCCCUGCCACUCCGAAAAACUCUACACAGACAGAGGACAUUUGAAGUUUUGCCUCUGCUGUUUUUGAUCCCUUUUAACUGUUUUAUUUCUUUUUCUUUUUUUAUUAUUUGUGAGACAAGGAAAGGGAAACAUGAGUCCUGCUGAAGGCCAUGGAAUGAUAUGUUUUGUGUGUGAAUGUGUGUGUGUGUGUGUGUGUGUGUGUGUGUGUGUCUGUGUGUGCGUGUAAACAAAACACUGAACCAGAUUGCAUUUUAGAAUGUCCUGUUACAGAUCUAUUCAGAAUCAUCACCUCUGGAAUCGCCUGGUAGUGGAUUCUCUGUUGCUAUGGUUACUGACUGACAACAGUGGCCGCCUCUUGACUGGCACAACUUCCCUUCUCUGGUUAAGCCCAUUAUCACUGACGUCUUUCAGGGGUCCAGGAGAGUUCCUCAGGACACAGCACUACAGACUGCUCAAACUCACCAAUAUGUCUUCUGCCACCUGUAUUUAUCAGCCGUGCGUUCAAAAGGACUUAUGAAUGGACCCAAGACUCUUGCCUUUCUGUGCUGACAUUUUCUCUGUAGCAUCGGUAAAUCAAAUGGUGCUCGGAAAACCAUCUGUAAGCCAUCUUGUAUCAGAAUAACGGAGGCUUAAAGCCUCUGUGUGUGUGUGUGUGUGUGUGUGUGUGUGUGUGUGUGUGUGGGCACUCUCUUAGUCUCUCAGUCUUUGUGGCUUCUCACAGAUAGGAUCGCAUAAACUCAACAUUGAAAAAGUGUCAGGCUUCAGGUUGCCUGUCUACUGGCUUUUAUUGAGUAGUGAAAAUAGGGUUUUAAGGAAUACUGUCAAUACUGCUCUUAGCUUACUUUUAUCAUGUUUUUACCUUCUCUCGUGUGUUUACAAUCAGUCAAGACAUUUCAUCAAAACAAACAUACCCAAAAUCGUUUGAGUAUCAUGUAACCAUAAGCAGUGUGCUUUCUGGAUGCUGGGGAUAUAGAAAGGACAUGCAAUCAUUGGCAAAGCUGUUGAUGAAACACUUUCAACAAAAUCACUUUGAUGUAAGGGAGCUGAAUCCUCAAAAGGUUUUUGCAUCCUCCAGAAAACUAUGUCAUUCUCUAGACAGUAGUUUUCAUUGUCAGUAGAAUGUACCCCUUACGGAUCACUGAACAGGGUAGACAGCAGCUGACAUCAUGAAAGACCUGAUCCUGGUCACUAGCAGAUGUAUCUCUCUAGCAUUUCCAGAAAUGACCAUUGUAACAGAGAAUGAGGGAGCGAGAGAGAGAGAGAGAGAGAGAACAUUCAAUAUUAUCAUGCCUGCCUGGGUCAUUUAUCCGUGGUGGUUGCACAGUUGGCGCUUUUCUGGGAACGCAUCCGAGCAAGGCAGGUUCUUAUCUGGAGUCAGCUGCCAGAGCGGCUCCCUCUAGGGGUUGCAGAGGGGUCUGUAUGAGCCGCUGGGAGAUUUGCUUACUGUCUUCUCAGCUUUGGGAGAGUCCAAUGCCUUUUAAUUAACACUUCUGAAAGUUCUUGCUUCACAUCUUUAUUCUUCCUAGUGUUUACCACUUUCAUUUGUGAUUUUUUUUUUUUGUUUGGUUUCGAAGAAAAAAUAACAAUUAUUUAUAUUUUUUUCCCUUUCUUUUAUUUUACGACACAUAUUCACAUGCCACUAAUUGGGAGCAAAUUGAAUGCUCUCUCAGCACUACUUAAAAGUAGUUACAUCAUCACAUAGAUUUUUACUGAGCUUACGAACAGCCUUUUCAUUUUUAUGUUGUUUUUGCCAAACUGUAAAUGUCAGCUUGGUCACCAUUUUGCUGUAUAGAUGGGCACCCAGAGGUUUUCUGUAAGUAAAUGAAAGAAUAAAUAAAAACAGAUAACUGUGUAAUUCACUUAACAGUGAAUGAAAGAGAUCGUUACACAAGUUCAUGGUUAGUUUUUAGAUGGUGUGUGAAAUGUUUGACAGAUUUUAUUGAUAUUUAUUAACAUGUGUGCAAAAAAAUGUAUCAUAUGUAAAGAAAAUGAAUCCUAAUUUUUGAAAAGCUCAUUUGUGGUUUCCUCUUAUGGAUAUGUAAAUGCUUCCUGUAGCUGAUUUGCAUAUAAGAUGUUGGAUGUAUGUAAAGGCAAUAAAAUGCAGUUGUUAUUCAAAAGAAAAAAAA